AAAGGCCCUAUAAACUCAAUUUUCAUUUAUAGGGCCCGUUAUUAGGUUUGCCAGAAAAGUCCUACGUGGCAGAAUCAGGUGGUUAGAUGGACCCCGCCAACCCCGACCACCACUCCAGUAGUAACAAGUCUCGCCGAAACAAAAAAACCACUGCCAAAGAGGAAAUCCUGCUAUUGGGGAGUACAUAUAAUGAAAUUUAACCAAUAUAGGGUUCUAAUUUUGAGCCCUAAGCUUCAUUAAUCUAAAAUGAUCUGGAGGAUUUCUGGCCUCUUCUGGGCUUUCGAUUCAGGUUCUUGGUGUCAUCGGUUACUUCUAUUUGCUAUCUGGUCCACUAUCUAUCACAAUCAAUUGACUCUGCAAACAUCCCUUGUGCCUGCUCACAUUUCUUCCACAUCUAUGCUAAAAGCUAGCCCACCAAAAAGCGGAAUCUUUAAGCCCAUAGAAAUAUCGCCCGCUGUUAUUCCACAUUCUCAGUUUCCUGGGGAUCCAUUGCCGCCAAUGUAUCCUACUUUUCCACCAACCUAUGAUCCUGUCUUAACUGGAAGGUGUCCUGUGAAUUUCUCUGCCAUCUCAAAUAUCAUGGACAAAACAGCUUCUGAUUGUAAUCGAAUCUUUGCACCUGUACUAGGAAAUGUUAUAUGCUGCCCACAGUUCAGUAGCUUGCUCCACAUAUUCCAGGGAUUCUAUAGCAAUAGCUCUGAUAAUUUAGUUUUACUAAAUGCAGUUGCUGAUGAUUGUUUUAAAGACAUCAUCAAUAUAUUAGCCAGCAGAGGAGCGAAUGGCUCGAUACCUGCCAUCUGCUCUGUAAAGUCUUCAAAUCUCACAGGUGGCUCUUGCCCUGUGAAAGACAUAAAUAAUUUCGAGGAAAUAGUGAACACAAGCAAAUUACUGGAGGCUUGCACCACAGUCGAUCCACUUAAGGAAUGCUGCAGACCAAUUUGUCAGCCUGCAAUUAUAGAAGCUUCACUUAAGCUAUCGGGGACACAAUCAUUUGUGAAUAAUGAUACGAAUCAUCUCAACAUGCUUAAUGAUUGUAAAGGGGUGGUGUAUUCAUGGAUGUCUAGGACACUUCCACACGAUGCUGCUAAUACAGCAUAUCGGAUAUUGUCUGCCUGCAAAGUUAACAAAGCUUGUCCAUUGGAUUUAAAGCAGCCAUCAGAAGUGAUUGUAGCAUGUAAAAAUGUAGCUGCUUCAAGCCCUUCAUGUUGUAGCUCAUUAAAUACUUACAUUGCGGGAAUACAAAAGCAAAUGUUGAUAACAAAUCGCCAAGCAAUAAUCUGCGCAGCAAGGUUGGGGUCCAUGCUACAGAAGGGUGGUGUGAUGACCAAUAUUUUUGAGCUUUGUGAUGUGGACUUGAAAGAUUUUAGUCUCCAAACAGCUGAUGGACAACAAGGUUGUUUGCUUCAUAGCUUGCCAGCAGAUUUGGUUUAUGAUAAGUCAGCUGGCUUAAGCAUUACUUGUGAUUUGAACGACAAUAUUGCAGCUCCAUGGCCUUCAUCAUCUUCUCUCACAUCAUUAUCUCUUUGUGCUCCUGAGAUGUCCUUGCCAGCACUGCCAACAUCCGAGACAUUGGGUAAUCUUGGAUAUCGUGGGGGUUGGACGGAUCUCUUUGUACCCAUUCUUUCAUUUUUUGUUUUGGAACAUUAUUGAUCUAGAGAGAUUUUGCAGAGCGCUGGGUUGAUUUUAGUUGAAGGGCUUAGAUUGGCCCUAGAUCAUAUUUACAUGUACACAUUGAAUACAUUCCCUUGCAUAUAUUAGAAGCUAUUUUUGGUCGUCA